AUGACUUCAAUAAAACAUCCAUCAAUUUUGUGGGCUCAACGUGUCAAUCAAAUCUUUUUGACAAUUGAGGAUGGAAAUUUAAAAAUAAAUGAAUUGGUGUGUGAAGAAGACAAAUUCAAAAUAGUGGGAGAAAAGGGUGGAGAAAAGUAUGAGGCUGAUCUCGUCUUGUAUGGCAAAUUGAAAGGAGCGGAAAGGAAGAAGGUUGACACUAGUCGAAGGUUGGAACUCAUCAUUCCAAAAGAAAAGGAAGAAUGGUGGCCUCGACUUUUAAAAAUGCCAGGAAAAGUUCCAUGGAUCAAAGUUGACUUUAAUAAAUGGAAAGAUGAAGAUGAGGUUUCUGAUUAUGAAGAUGAGGGUAUUACUGCUCCAAUGGAUUUUUCUAAAUUUAUGCCAGUCAAUGGAGGAGGAGGAAGAGGUUUUGGAAUGCCUGGGGGAGAAGGUUUUGAUGAGUUGGAAGGGAUGGGGGGAGAGGAAGAAGAAGAAGACUAUUUUGAGAAUAAUGAAGGGGAGGAAUUGCCUAACUUGAAAGAGGAUGAAGUUGAUGAGGAGAAGAAUUGUGGGGAAGGCUCUAGUGAAGAGAAGAAAAUGGAGGAAACUUCAAAAGAAUAA